AUGAAGUGGUCUUCGCUCUGUGGCCGCAACUUUAUCAAAUACAUGUCCGCAUGGGACGAUCAAGCAGCUGCAACAAACCCUGCUUGGAUGUCUGAGCGCCUUCUGGAACGAAAGCCGAUCAGCGCAUCGCUAGAUAACAAUGUCACUGUUACUACUGCGUGGCUUGACGAUCAUGACGUCGCAACUGAGUCUGAAAAGGCAGGCAGGAUAAUUAACAACAUCACUAUAGCCGUCCCCCACCGAGGGAUACCGGCAGCAGCUCGCAAUGUCCAGAAUGAUUUGCUGCAGCCAGAAGAUCUGCAUGAUGGCGGCUCAUACUCUAUCCAUGCUUCGGUCGCUAGCUUCGCACUGAACGCACUAUGUGUCAAUGCCAAAGAGGAGGAGCUAGCUCCACUCAUAUAUACCAAUUGGCCCAAUGCAAUUCCCAUGGAAGAAGGCUCGAAGUCUGUCAACUGGUGGCCCAUCCUAGGAUUUCCAGAAGGUACCAACACGAACAACAAAACGGUACUUGAUGAUGUGUUUGGUUGGAAGGACGAGACGGAAGAUCACUCACGUGCUAGACCAAUUUUUCUCAAGUACCCCAAAGCAGGAAACACAAUCGCAAACCACACUCAAGUACCGUACGAGCUCGGCGACCGACCAGAAGUCUACCUGCUCGGCAAAGCACCCGACAACACCACCAAAGACUACUUCCUCUGCUCUAUGAAAGCCGGCAUCACGACUUCCUGCACUACACGCUACAACGCCUCAUCCGGCGGCCAAAGCCUCGAAGCCGUCUGCGACGACGCAAACGGAAAGCACAGCGACGACUCCGCCAUCCAACCCCUCCGUUCCACCGGCGACAGAACAGCCCUAGUAGGCUGGCGCGACCUAGGUUUCAACCUCCUCAACUCCCUCAGUCUAAACAACGGAGUCUUCGACGGCGACGCCUCAACAGCCCGUAUAUUCACCCAACUCCAACUCACAGAACCCAAGCUCAACAAAACACUACCGAGUCCCGCAGAAGCACUCCUAAGCAUGACAACAUGCACCGUCCUAGACCUAACCCAAAACUUCCCCUUCCAACCCUUCUCCAACACCUCCGCCGACGACUUCACGACCCCUCAAAUGCAGUACUUCAACGCUUCCGUCCGAGUAGCACAGUACAUGUCCGGCGGCGAAAAGAGCUACCAGAAAGCGCUCCUCGUUGUCCUCGCUCUCACACUCCUCAUCAACAUCUUCAUCCUGAUCUACUUCGCCGUGCUGCUGCGCAUCAAACUCAUCACGGAUUUGUGCGAGCCGCUUUCGAUGCAAGUCAGCGGCUUCUACGGCCCUGGCGCCUGGGCCGCGUGGAUCAUCACCAUGUUUGCAUCGUGGAUACAUCUCUUCCGAGACGACUACACGCACAACCUCCACUUUAUCGGUUACGCACUAUAUACGGACUGGGCUGCAAUCGACCUCAUACGACACGUUAUUCCAGCCGUUUGGCAAGACCAGCACGAUCUCUCGGACCAAGACCGCGCACGGCCUUUGCGCAGCAAGUAA